UGGGAAAACUCGUUCCGGAGAUCACAAUUCCCAACUUUGUGCGCGUUUUCAUAUUGGUGAGAGAGGAACAUCUUCCGUCGAGCCACAACACCGUGCGAGUCUCCGGCCCUUCAACUUGCUUCGCUCUCUUGUAUUAGGACAUUCUCUUUUGUUUCUUCUCCCUUUUUGAUCCCUUUGCUCUCUCCCCCUCCCUUUCCCACUUGUUUCUCAUCAAAAGGCCCUUUUUACUUGCUUUGCUCUCUUACGUUAGUAACUGCUGUUUACUUUCUUCUUCCUUUUGGGCACCCAUCUCUCUCUCUGCCAGACUUGCUAGUCAUCAACGUCCAUGGACCUUGCUUCCUCUCCAGGUUCCUUGCCUAAAAACUCGGAUGAAGUGGACUCAUCAUGGAUAAAUUCUUGCUUUCUCGACAAUGGUGACGUGCCCAGUUCAGGUGCUCAUGAUUGGGGUGCACUGAAAAAUGCCUUAGAUGAGAUUGAGCAUGUUGAUGUUUCUGAAGAUAAAGAUGAGAGAAGAUCUGAUGAUGAGCAUGAGAUUUACGAAGUUUUACUGAAAGCCAAGGGUAUCAUGGGGUUGGAUGAUCUGCAAAAUGAUUAUGUUUAUUCUGCUCUUGAUCCUGGUGAAGGCAUUGAUUCCGCUGUACCUAUUAGUGCUGCUGGAGGAAUGGAAUCUGAAGAGAGUAUAUUUAAGGUUUGGGAUCUGAACACAGAGCUGGAGGAGGGGGAUUUUGAACGAGAGCUGAAGACAGCUCUUGCAGAUAGCAAACCUGCGUUUCCAAGUGUGCCUUUUGAUAUCGAAGCAGCCAAAAAGGAUGAUCCCAACUUCGUUGUGAACGAGGAAGACAAGCAGCUCGAUCUCAACCUUUUGGUUGCUGAUAUGGCAGAUCUAUCACUGAGCAAUCAGGAUCCAGAAGAAUGAUGGCCUGAUAUCCUCUCGGGUAGAUUUCAUCAUUCAGUAGGUCUAUCAUUGGUGUGACGCCUACCAUCCUGUUGGCACAAACUUGUUUUAACUCAUUACACAUCUGAACUACAGGAGUAGGCUCUCCUGUCUGAGUUGUAUGUCUGCUCCGUGCAUGGAAUCUGAAAACGAGACGUAUGACAUGACGUUGCCAUGUCCAUGAACUUCAGUUGGCAAAAAGGGCAGCUAGAGAAAAUCUGCACAUAUAUAAGCACUGUCAAGCCGUGUACACGUUAUCCGUCCCUUGAUUUCAAAAUGCAAAAAUUCCACUUUUUUUCCUUC